GAAUGUUGAGUUUUACUUCAUAAGCCUGGAGGCAAAAAUUCUAUUGAUGGACUUCUGUAUUUUUUUGGAGUUCAAAAUCACGACAAUUCAUUGACAUUUUGUUUUUUCUGGAGGGGUGGAACUUGAGCUAAAAAUUUUCAUAUAAAUAUUAUAUACAUAGAUCAACUUGGAUCAAUCAUCUUCUACAAUUCUCGAUCACGACUCCAUUCAGACACAGAGAAUUCAAAUAAUGGCAGCAGCUAAAUUGAUUUCCCACUACUCACACCCCUUCCCCUUUUUCUCUCCCCCUUCGCCCGACAGACAUCUUCACCUUCACCGCCACCAGCACCACUGGCCAUGGCUGGACGGAGCUCCAACAUCCGGGAGAAGACCCAAGAAGAGGCCUGCGGAGGUUCUUCUCCGAGCCUCCCUCAACGUGGACCCGCACACUACUCCAUUGGCUUCUUCUUCCCUCUUUCUCCUCGCGGACGCCGGCGGCGGCGGCGGCUACUCCCCGGCCAGCUACUACACUUCCUUGGGCCUCUUCGUCAUCUCCGUUCCAGGCCUUUGGUCCCUCAUCAAGCGCUCUGUCAAAUCCAAGAUAGUGAAGAAGACGUUGGUGAUGGCGGAGGAAGGAGAAGGGAAGAAGAAGGCGCCGAAUCUGGUGGCCGGAGAAAUCUUAUCCUUCUUCACCCGAAACAAUUUUGUGGUGACUGAUAGAGGAGACGCCAUCACGUUUGAAGGCGCAAUGGUUCCCAGCCGGGGGCAGGCAGCAUUGCUCACUUUCUGCACCUGCAUAAGCCUAGCCAGCGUCGCACUUGUUCUUACCAUAACAGUUCCAGACGCAGGCAACAACUGGUUCUGGCUCACCAUCUUCAGUCCAUUGGCGGGAGCAUACUACUGGAAGAGAGCAUCAAGGAGAGAGCAGAUCAAGGUCAAAAUGAUUGUAGAAGACGAUGGGGGAACCCUGUCCGAGAUUGUUGUUCAAGGAGACGACCAACAAGUGGAGCAGAUGAGAAAAGAACUCCAGCUGAGCGAGAAAGGCAUGGUCUAUGUCAAGGGGAUCUUUGAGAGAGAGUAAGGGUUUGCUGGGAGGAAACAUCAUAAAAAUUCCUUAAACCUUGUGUGUUUGUACACGCAACUCGGGUUUAUGAAUAUUGAAUUGUGCAAAUUUGUAAUAAUUUUUCUUAGGUUAAAUUUACCGAAAUUCAUACAACUUCAAACUCACAAUGUCAAAUUCAUAUGCACUUUCAAAAUUGAUUGAAUUUUGUGA